ACUUGGAAUUAACACGUAAUUAACCCACGAUCCUUAAUACGUCAUUAACCCACCAAGAUCUCAUUAAGAAACCAAAGGGCGGCCUUUGUGCUUUCUUAUUGGGACAUUUAUAUAGAUCCUUUGCUGCACACGCAGCAUAUUGUUAUGUAGUAAGGCUGUACGUUGCCAGAGUAGCACGUACACAACAUUUCAUUAUUGACCCUUGUCUAGUACGUGUUUGAAAAUGUCGGCAGAAUUGUUUGGCGUGGUCGAUGUGGCCAUGUUUGACUCGGAGGCUAAUAAACCUCUGAAUAUGUUGCAGUAUUCACGUGUUAUCUGCCAGAACCCUAAGAAAGAUGAGAGUGAUGUUUACUGUGCUCUUAACAACAAGGGUGAGUGCGUUGACAUCCCUCCUUUUCCUGAGAGGUUCCAAACUAGCUUUGAUAUGCUCCGUCACAUGGCUGAGCAAAACCCUAACAGGGAUCAUCUUGGUGUUCGUGAGAAACAUGUUAAUUCCAAAGGUGAGAUAACUUUGGGUGAAUACAAGUGGUAUACUAUCUCAUACACUGCAACUACUGCUGUCAUUUUGGGUAGUGCUUUUGUAAGUGAACCCGGUUUAUUUUCCGAGACUGUUCUUGAUGAUGCCAUUUUGAAGAAGGCCAAGUUCUUGGGUAUCUGGGCCACCAACUGUCCUUUGUGGCUUAUUUCCGACUAUGCUGCUAUCGCUUUUGGCUUUGUAACAGUUCCUUUAUACGAGACUAUGGGAGAUGAGGCGAUAUUGACGAUUUUUAAGGAGACGAAGAUGAAAACGCUAUGUAUUGAUGCUGCCAAAUUGCCUACAUUGUUGAAGUUGAAGGAUAGGCUUCCGGAGGUCAAGAAUUUAAUUUUGUUUGACAAGUUGUCUGACAAGGAUAAGAAGGCCGUUGAGGAAGCUGGUUGGAAUACCUAUGACAUUGAGGAGUUGAUGGACAAGUACCGUGACAACAUUGUGGAGGUACCACAGGGUGACCGCAAUGCCAUUGCCACUGUUAUUUACACCUCUGGUACAAGUGGUAUGCCCAAGGGUGCUAUCCAUACCAAUUUGUCGUUAAUGGAAACUUCACACCGCAUUUACUUUACUGCCAAUCGUCUUCGCUUCUCUACUAAUUUUACGUUAUUAAGUUUCCUCCCACUUUCCCAUGUUUAUGAGCGUUUCGUGGAGCAUUUUGCUGCGUCUAACAUGAGCCGUAUCGGAUACUACGGGGGUAACAUCAAGAACAUCUUGGAUGAUAUCCAAGCUUUGAAGCCUGAUAUACUAGUCGGUGUACCUCGUGUGUUCACUAAGGUCCUCGACCGUAUUAGGACCAAUAUUGAGAAGAAGCCAAUGCCACUGAGGAAGCUGAUCAACUUCGUUGUUGAGAAGAAACGCAAGAUGCUUUUUGAAAGCGACGUCUUCCCUACCCAUUGGUUUUAUGACAGGAUUUUAGGCAAGAUCAGGAAGGCCUUUGGUGGUAACAUCAAGUCCAUGGUUUUGGGUUCUGCAGCUAUGACUGCGAGUGACAUUGAGUAUUUACAAACAUACCUCAUUUCACCUGUGUGUGAAGGUUGGGGAACCACUGAAGUGGGUAUCGGUUUUCUCCAGGACCACCGUGACAAGGUCAAGGGUACCAUUGGUGGUCCUCUAGGUGACAUCAUCUUUAAACUUAAAUCAAUUCCCGAAAUGGAGUAUGAUGCACGUGGCAACCCACCCCGUGGUGAGCUUCUGGUCAAGGGUACUGGCAUCAUGUUGGGAUAUUUGCAACGCCCAGAGGAAACUGCUGAGGUCCUUGACUCGGAGGGCUGGUACCACACUGGUGACGUCGUUGAACUGUUGCCAAGUAUGGGUGUCAAGAUUCUAGAUCGUGCUCGCAACUUAUUCAAAUUAAGUCAGGGUGAAUACAUUGCUCCCGAGAAGCUAGAGAACCUCUACGCGGGAUCGCCCUUUGUUGAACAAAUUUACAUCUACGGUGACGCUAAGCGUGACCAUAUCGUCGCCAUCGUAAACAUCAAUGCAGAAUACGUAAUGGAGUGGGCCGCUUCUCACAACCUGGGUGGCAAAUCAGUGAAGGAUUUGCUGACUAACCAGCAGCUGAUUGAUGAGAUUCAAGCCUCUUUCAACAAUAUCACUGAGCAGAACAAGCUUAAUGGGCUUGAGCGUCUGCAGAAGUUCAUCCUCAGCGAUGAGCUUUUCAGCGUUGACAAUGGGAUGUUAACUCCCACCUUCAAGACUGUCCGCAAGAAGGUGCGCAGUCGUUACGAGAAGGAGAUCAACGCAAUGUACGGCCACUGAGUCAAUCAAACUAACGCAUCUAUAAUGGUAAUUACAAUUCAUGUUU